AUGCUUCGGUCUGAUCCUCCUCAUAUUCAGUCUAGUGCCGCCCGCCUUUUCAUGCCUACUAUCUGUCGAAUCACGCUUCUUGCCUACUAUAACGGACUUCUCGGCUCAGUCGACAUCUUGCCUGCCCAGCACGACUACGAUAAUGACGCCGAAUCUAUUAGUCCCCCCCACGACAACAUAAGGAGUCUCCUCCAAGACCUCAGGGCUCGGUAUCCCCAAUCUCGCAUAUGGCGGAUCGAGGAGUCCCGCCUAUGCGCCAACGAUAAAGACACUAGCAGGGCUAUUAAGCUGCUCUCCACGUGGCAGGAAUCACCCCUCAAGCAAAUCACAGCCGUCAAAUACUUUGAGCUGGGCAUCAACGCUAUAGUUACCCAGAAAUGGGACCUUAUGCGGGAUACGUUUCUCCGCUGCCUCGAGAUAAGCAAUUGGUCCCCGGUAAUGUACUACUUCAUAGCGGCUUAUGCUUCUUUGGAACUCUACCGCGAUGCCUACUACACUACCGAUACCGCUCAGAACGCUAAAGCCACCUAUCUUAAAAACCAAGCAGAGGAAUAUCUCCGCAAAGAACCCCUAGUAUCAGGAAAGCAACGUCUUAUGGCCCGCCAACUGCCCCUCGAGAUAUUCGCGUAG